AUUUGUGCUUGCUGUUGUGUGUGAGUUGAAAAUUAAAAGCGAAACUGUUAAGAUACCAGACGCGCAGACAGUCCAAUUGCAUUUUUGUUUUAUUUAAAAAUAUUUUGAUGUCAAUUGAGUUUUUAUUUUCUGUUUUUUUUUGUUGAUUUCGACGACUAUACGAUUCACGCCUAAACGCCCUUAAAAUUUUCUAAUUAUAAAUAUAGAAGACAUUUACCACCUCCUCCCUUGUGGUUGGUUUAUUUCUUUUUUUUGUUGUUGUUGAGGUGUUUUUGAGUAUGCUACCAUACCCAAGAUCCCAAGUUAAAUUUUUUGUCUAAUUAGAUCUUGAUAACUUUACAUCCAAGCUGCAGCUGGUAUUCUUCUAGUAAUAAAAACGACAACAUAAUAAAAAAAGGGGGACUCUAUUUCGGAUUUUUUUAUUUGUGGUUUCUCAAGUUUUUUUUUAUUGUGAGAAGAAAAUAAAAUUUAAUUAAUUAAAAGAAAAACCACAAAACACUGCGUGAGAGCUACUUUUGUAACAAUUGAACAAAAGAAGAAUAAUAAAACUAAAAAAAACUCACGUAAAAUCUUGAAAUACAUAAUUGCAUUGACAAAAUUAAGACAAACAAAAAAAAUCUUACAAAAAUUAGCCAUAAAGCGGCAGUGACUGAAUUUUUGUUUAUACCGUUAGAAGACGAAGAGUGUUAAAAAGAACAUUACUUUUUUUAAGUGCAACAACUCGUUUUUCCAUAUUUGUUGUAAUAAAAGAGUACAAUUGGAGCCGCAUUGCGACAAGCUAACGGCCCCAAUAUGCAACACCCUGCAAUGCAAACAAAUCUAACGGAGUCGCCAUUUACAGCGCAAAUAAUAAUGGCAGAAGACGAAUCCGGAAUGCGGUCGAAAUUAAAUGAUAAACCAACAACAAACACAAUUAUAAAACAAAUGACAAAAAACCAACUGAUGUUGUCGCCGCCGCCAACACAAAUGGCGCAUGACCUUAAUGAGCCAAAAAAUUCAGAAAAAAUCCCCAGCAUUGUGACGACGACGGCAAGAAAUACAAAUUCAGACAGCAGCAGAAUGCCACAUUCGCCUGAGAAUGGCGACGAUGCUAUCGACUGUGCUAUAGCAGCAGCUGUGCAAAAAGACAAUCACCAUGAACUUAUUUCCGUAGCAAACGGAUCACAAGCGACGAAAAACUAUGAAAACGGCUGCCUACAAUCGUCGACACCUACUUCGGCUUACCACAAAGAUGGACACUACUUCCUCAAGCUGCUACAGAGUGAAAAAUCUCGUUUGCUAACUAUGGCCGACCAAGCGGAGCGUGACAUGUGCGUCUUAACAACAAAUUCGAGUGCAAACAAUGAGAUUUCUGACGAGAUAUUUGGCAUCCUACGGUCCGUUUCGGGUAAAACAAAACUUUUGGUAUCACAAAAGUUUAAACAAUUUGAAGGUUUAUGUCAUAGUAAUUUGAAUCCCACACCCGAUGAGAAAUUCCCAACAACCACUGAAGAUUUAUUAGGUUUCUGGGACAUGGUAAACCUUCAGAUCGAGCACAUUGACUCAUUGUUUAAAGAACUUGACCUUAUCAAAGCCAAUAAUUGGCAACCAACCAAAGAUCCCGCCUCUCCGUUUGUGCCAACUGGGUCAAGGGUCUUGAAGAAAUCAUCUCUUAAGAAUAGCAAUAACAAUAACAUUACUCCAAUUAAGACAUCGCCAAAUGCUCUGCUGAUGGCACAGAAACGCGAUAUGCAACGUAAACAGUUGCUUGAGAUGAAGCGAAAAAAUAAGAGUGCAGCAGCCACAGAUAAGGGACCUGUUUCCAGUCCCAUUGAAAUAUAUGUUACGGAAAAUGUUGUUUGAUAAUCAAAACACACAUACACCCAAAUACAUGCCACACACAUGCACCGCGAAGUACUUUUAGUAGAGGCUGGCACUUGAAACUGAUAUUACUCAUAAAUGUUUUUAUUUUUUUUUUUUUGAAACAAGACGAUAUAUUCACUUGGUUAACAGCUGCAUCUUUUACUUCAUACAAUUUAUUUCGAAAUAUUUAUAUUAACUGUUUCAAUUUCACAACAAUUGAGAAUUUAAACAAAAAAUUAAAAUAAUCAUAAAAAAAUAACUUCUGAGAAGGAAAACAAAAUUGUGUAUAAUAUUUUCAUCACCGAAGCAAGACUGUUUUUGUUUUCUAUUUCUUUUUUUUGUACAAAUUAUAUUAAAAUUAUUUUACAAACAAAAAUUGGCCUUAAAUUUUUAACUUUAAUUGUUUAUUAUGCCAAAUCGUAACUGAUGUGUGUCAAUUUUUUUUUUCAAUUUUUUUGUAACAAUGUGACAAUGACGGUAUUAAUCAUGGAAAAAAAAUACAAGCAAUUCAAAGACUUAAACACUUAUAAUUAAC